AUGCAGCCGGAGCACAAGUAUCGGGUGAGGGCGGCAGUGGAAGGGGGCUUCUCCUUCUGCAGCGAUCUGGCUCGCACCAAUGGCGUGGGCGGCACUGCUCCCACCCCCAUGGACUAUGCAGCAGCAGCAGUCGCCAUGUGCACUGCCACCACUGUCAGACUGAAAGCAGUGGCCGCUAACACACAUCGCUGUCACUGUGGAACAAACCACCCCCUUGCCACAUGGGAGAUUACCAGACGGCCUCCGCUUGUUGCUACGUUUGGAUGGACCCCUUUCCACAGAACAAAAGGAGAGGAUUUUGGAGAUAGCAGGGAAAUGCCCAGUAAAGCAAAUGAUGCUGGGUAA